CAAACAUUAGGUUACUUAAAUUGUCAUUAGUCAUAGUUAUUUGUUAUAAAACAAGGUUUUUAAAUAUUUUUAUAUAUAAAUAAUUUUCGCAUAUUUUUCAUCGAAAUCCAAAUAGUUCAAUUUUCAAUCAAAAUGUUUCAGUUUGGUUUUAUGUUCCCUGAGAUUCCCAGGCCUUUUAAUAUGACCUACCAGUGCUAUUCUGUUGCCAUGUUUCCUGGAAAUGAACGGCAAGAUGUAGAAAGAGGAGGAAAAAUAAUUAUGCCUCCCUCAGCUUUGGAGCAACUAACUAGGUUAAAUAUUAACUACCCAAUGUUAUUUAAACUAGUAAAUAAAAAAACUAAUCGCACUACUCAUUGUGGUGUUUUAGAGUUUGUUGCUGAUGAAGGAAAAGUGUAUUUGCCUUUAUGGAUGAUGCAUAAUUUGGUACUUACAGAAGGUGAUUUAGUUCAAAUGGAAAGUGUGUCACUUCCAGUAGGUACAUUUUCUAAAUUUCAGCCUCUAAAUCCAGAUUUCCUUGAUAUUACCAAUCCUAAAGCUGUUUUGGAAAAUUGUCUCAGAUCAUUUGCUUGUCUUACUACAGGGGAUGUUAUAGCUGUCAAAUAUAAUCAAAAAGCAUACGAGCUAUGUGUAUUGGAAACAAAACCUGGAGACGCUAUUAGUAUCAUUGAAUGUGAUAUGAAUGUAGAAUUCGCAGCUCCAGUAGGUUAUAAAGAGCCAGAAAAAGAGAAAAAAGAACACGAAGAGAUGUCUGUGGAUCCAGCCGAUUUGAUGCCAGAACCGUCUGGAUUCGUAGCUUUUCGAGGAGCUGGAAAUCGUUUAGAUGGAAAGAAACGGAAAGAUACAGCUGGAAGUGAAAAUAUAUCAAAACCUACAUAUGUUAAAGGGAUUCCAGAUUAUGAUUAUAAAAUUGGUACUCUGAAAUUCAUAAGGAGAACGGUAAAACCGAAAUCUAAUGAUGCACCAGAAGAUACAGAGUUUAAAGCGUUUAGUGGUACAGGAUUUAGCUUAAGAGGUAGAACGUAAGGUUAAAAUAUGAUUUCUGUGAUACUUAUAUAAAUUUCUUUCUUUUUCUUAGAUUAGUUAAUAUUUUCUGUUUUACCAAAUAAAUUAUUAUAUAGGA